ACACAGGAAAUAACUCAAUAACUUUCCUUUUGCUUUCGUUUUUUAAGACUGCUUGCAGUAGUUGCUCUUGCUUCUUUAUGUUAAUAUUUUCUCUGUCAAAUUGCUGUGUGAAGUGUUAAAGUCGGUGUUGGAUUAGAUACUUGACUCUGUCAAAAUGGACAGUGUUCUGCCGGAGUUGACUUGUCUCGUCUGCUAUGAGAUACUAAAUGAUCCCCACCAGUUCCCAUGUGGACACAGCUACUGCCUGCCCUGCAUCCAGAGCAUGAGGUGCCACAACAAUUACAGCUGUCCUGAAUGUCGAAGAGAAUUCACAGACAACAGUGAUAUCGUCAGAAACUAUAGGCUGGCUAACAUUGCCAACACAUUCCGCAAACAUCAACAGAGGACUGAGGGUAAUACUGUUACAGGGGCCUCUGAGACGUCUGGUGGAUAUGUGAGCUGGUUACAGCUGAUGAUCAUACUCCUAACAGUUAUUGCUCUCUUAAAAGUGUACUCCCUUUGGAAGAUCGCAGACGAAGAUUAUCGGACACAGCUGGAAAUCUACCCUUCAGACCUCCCGAACCAGGUUACCCAGCAUGAUGGUCUCUUUCUGCCUAGAGUGAUCUGGACACUAGUGUCUCUACUAUCUCUGCUCCUCCAGAUACUUUGGCUCCCCCUAUGGGUGUUGUGGUGGUUUGCCUCCACCCUAUUGUGCCUGAUAUUUUUGUGUGUGGAGUUUAUCAUGUCUUGCCUCUUACAGGUUAUUGCUUGGUUAUGCAAUGUUACAUAUUUUACAUUCAACGUCCUUGUGUAUGUCUGUGGUAUUGUUUCCAUUCUGAAUUUGAUUGCUGACACCAGGCAUGGUAGGGAGGGUAGGCCUACGUGAAGUAUCCUAACAUGAAAAGCAGCCUACAGAAUGCUUUAAUCCAGCGAUUCUCCACUACUGACCCAAAUUUGGGUCACGGAAGAUAUGGAAAGGUCAUGUGUAAAUAAAUAAAUAUAUACAGUACCAG